AUGAAGACCACCGCUCUCAUUUCCCUGAUCGGCCUGUCCGGCACCGCCCUUGGUGCCGCUGUGGACAAGCAUACCAGCACCCCCUUCGGCUACAAGCCUGGCUCCAAGGAGUCCAUUGCCAACAUGAAGGACAAGAUUGAGAACGUUGUCUGGAUCCUUCUCGAAAACCGUGGAUUUGACAACAUUCUGGGUGGAGUCAAGAAGCAGGGUCUGACCAACGUUGUCAACAACGGUCCUUUCUACAACCUGCAGAAUGUCAGCGACCCCCACAGCACCAAGUGGCCCAGCCAGUACAAGAACUACGACUCGGUGAUCAACGAUCCCGAUCACUCGCUCACUGGUACCAACUUCGAGCUCUUCGGCCAGUACAACCCUGACAAUGCCGCCAUUGCCAACGGUACUUUGACCCCCAACCUGUCUGGCUUUGUCGAGCGUCACAUGCUCGCCCACCCUAAGAUCUCUGCCCAGCGUGCUGCUGACGAGGUCUUGGGAUACUACUCCGAGAGCCAGAUCCCCACCAUUGUUGACAUGGUUGAUGAGUUCACCACCUUCAACAACUGGCACUCUUGUGUCCCUGGUCCUACCAACCCUAACCGUCUCUGUGCGGUCUCCGGUUUCACCGAUGGCCACGGAAAGAACGACAAUGAUUUCGAUGUCUCCGCCAUCGAGACCGGCAGCAUCUUCCAGACUGCCUCUGAGAAGGGCAUCUCGUGGCUCAACUACGACGGUACCAACGGUGCCUUCCUCUCCGAUGCCAUGUUCUUCGACUGGACCGCGAAGAACGCCAAGAGCAACGUCGUUCCCCUCGAGAACUUCUACCAGGACGCCUACUUGGGCGUCCUCCCCCAGUUGUCCUACAUCAACCCCUCCUGCUGUGGCCUGAACACCAACUCCAUGCACCCCUCCGGCAACAUCUCCUACGGUGAGGUGUUCAUCAAGCAGAUCUACGACGCCGUCCGCACCGGUCCUCAGUGGGACAAGACCCUUCUCCUCGUCACCUUCGAUGAGACUGGUGGAUUCUUCGAUCACGUUGCCCCUCCCCUUGCCGUCCGCCCUGACAACAAGACCUACACCGAGAAGGCCUACGAUGGCAGCUCUUACACUUUCAGCUUCGACCGUCUCGGUGGCCGUAUCCCUACCUGGUUGCUCUCUCCUUACACUCCCAAGGGCCACGUCGAGGGAUACGGUACCGACCCCGCCACCGGCAAGACUACCUCUUACAGUGCUACCUCCGUGCUCAAGACCCUCGGUCUCCUGUGGGAUCUUGAGGACAGCAGCCCUCGUGUUCAGCACUCUCCCUCUUUCGAUCACCUCAUUGGACCUCGCAUUCGCUCUUCUCCGAAGACCCUUGCGAACCCCCACAUCUUCCCCACUGAUGUUUAA